GGUGCCCUAAUCCCGGCUGCUUCUCGGAGGAGAUAUCCGGCGAGAGAUUGAGCUGAAGAGUGUAUAUAAAGUGAGAGAGUUAGUAUUUUAGCGGCCGGUUGUUCGAAAACGAGAGAUGGCCGGAUUAACGAGAACAGCCGGGGCUUUUUCGGUAACUCCGCAUAAGAUCUCCGUUUGCAUUCUCCUGGAGAUAUACGCACCUUCUGCUCAGUAUCUUUCCUACCCUUUCCAUUCCGUUUCUGAGCACAACCGCCUCGGCCUCUACUUGCUCUCUCUCACUAAGUCUUGCGAUGAUAUAUUCGAGCCGACUCUGGAAGAGCUCUUGCACCAGUUGAGGGGAAUUGGUGGAAGCAUGGAUGCCUGGCUAACUGGCCAAUUAAUUAAAAGAUUUUCCUCUUUGUCUUCACCAGAUGAUCUUAUGACUUUUUUCAAUGAGAUUCGAGGAAUUCUUGGGAACGGUUUCGUGCAAGAUGAUCAGAUUAUUUUGGAUCCCAACAGCAACUUGGGAAUGUUUGUUCGUCGUUGCAUUUUGGCAUUUAACCUUUUAUCGUUCGAGGGUGUUUGUCAUCUUUUUUCGAGCAUUGAAGUUUACUGCAAAGAAGAAUUAUGUUACUCUGCUCAGUAUGGUGCAUCUGAUAAAAAUCUGGAGUCAUUAACACAAUAUGAUCAGAUGGAUAUGGAGUAUGUGAUGGAUAAAGCAACCGAAAAACUAGAGCUACAGAAAAAUGCUUGUGGAAGUCUCCCUUUUCACCUUCAUACACCGGAAGCACUUUUCAAAGUGACAGAAGGUUUGCUAAUUACUAGGAAGGAAAAAUUAAGAACCAGCAAGAAAACUACAGAGGCUACCCCAGUUGCCUGUUCGUCAUCAAGUACAGUUGAGGAUACGCUGGCUGAUGAGUCAUUAUUCCUUCGGACAAAUUUGCAGAUUCAAGGGUUUUUGAUGGAGCAGGCUAAUAAAAUUGAAAUCCAUGGGAGUUCAUUCUCUUCAAGUCCGAUUGAAAGUUUCCUUGAGCAGCUCCAGAAUUUAGCCCCUGAGUUGCAUCGUGUUCACUUUUUGCGUUACUUAAAUAAACUUCACAGCGAUGACUAUUUUUCUGCUUUGGAUAAUCUCCUCCGUUACUUUGAUUACAGCAUGUAUGGAAGAUACGAGAUUGCUUUACUAUGUUUGGGAAUGAUGCAUUUCCGCUUUGGACAUCCUAAUCUGGCUCUAGAGGUUUUAACUGAAGCUGUGCGUGUAUCGCAGCAGCUUAGUAAUGAUACGUGUCUAGCCUAUACACUAGCAGCAAUGAGCAACUUGCUAUCAGAAAUGGGCAUUGCAAGUACCACCAGUGUUCUCGGAUCCUCGUACUCACCUGUCACUAGCACUGCGUCUUCAUUAUCUGUACAACAAAGGGUGUAUAUACUUUUGAAAGAGUCUUUGAGGAGAGCUGACAGUUUAAAGUUAAGACGCUUAGUGGCUUCUAAUCAUCUUGCGAUGGCUAAAUUUGAGUUGAUGCAUGUGCAAAGGCCUCUACUGUCGUUUGGUCCCAAAGCUUCUAUUCGUCACAAAACUUGUCCAGUUAGUGUCUGCAAGGAGAUAAGACUAGGUGCACACCUAAUUAGCGACUUUUCUUCUGAAAACUCUACAAUGACAGUUGAUGGUUCUCUAAGCACAAUCUGGCUUAAAAACUUGCAAAAACGGUGGGGUCAAGAUAUGUUUUCCCACGACUCUGGUUCUAGGAAGAGUUCGAUUUUUUUCCAGUUCUAUGAUCGUUUGGUCUCGAUUCCGGGAUCUGUAUCACAAUUAAUAGGUGCUUCAUAUUUACUUCGGGCUACUUCAUGGGAGUUAUUCGGCAGCGCUCCAAUGGCUCGGAUGAAUACCUUGGUGUAUGCAACUUUAUUUGGUGACUCAUCGAGUUCAUCUGAUGCAGAGUUAGCAUACUUGAAGCUCAUUCAACAUUUGGCACUAUAUAAGGGAUACAAAGAUGCCUUCGCUGCUCUAAAGAUUGCGGAGGAAAAGUUCUUAACCGUAUCAAAAUCAAAAAUGUUGUUGCUCAAGUUGCAGCUACUACAUGAACAUGCCUUGCAUCGUGGGAAUCUAAAACUAGCUCAACGAAUGUGCAAUGAGCUAGGAGGCCUGGCAUCAACCACCAUGGGUGUAGACAUGGAGCUGAAAGUAGAAGCAAGUCUUCGUGAAGCUAGGACGUUGCUUGCAGCAAAACAGUAUAGCCAGGCGGCAAAUGUGGCACACUCCCUCUUCUGCACGUGCCACAAAUUCAAUUUGCAAAUCGAAAAGGCGUCUGUUCUUCUUCUGCUUGCAGAGAUCCAUAAGAAGUCAGGAAAUGCAGUCCUGGGUCUUCCAUAUGCGCUGGCAAGCAUCUCGUUUUGCCAGUCAUUCAACUUGGAUCUUCUCAAAGCAUCGGCUACUCUCACGCUUGCUGAACUGUGGCUCGGUCUCGGAUCAAAUCAUGCCAAACGGGCACUAGACCUUUUGCAUGGGGCAUUCCCUAUGAUUCUUGGCCAUGGAGGACUGGAGUUGCGUGCUCGAGCAUACAUCUUUGAAGCAAACUGCUAUCUGUCUGAUCCAAGCUUUUCAGUUUCCACAGAUUCUGAGACUGUCCUGGAUUCUCUAAGACAAGCUUCAGAUGAGCUUGAGGCAUUGGAGUACCAUGAACUGGCAGCUGAAGCUUUGUACUUAAUUUCGAUGGUAUACGACAAGCUGGGACAACUCGAAAAGAGGGAAGAAGCUGCGGCUUUGUUUAAGAUGCAUAUAUUAGCUCUGGAGAACCCUCAAGACGUGGAACCGAACAUGGCAUGAGAAUUUGUGACCUAAACUAAUAAGCUUAUUUUGCAAAGCUUGUAACUUAAGUCGUAACAUGUUCCUUAAGACUCGUUGUCGAUGAUGUGUAGCUUUCCUUCAUGAUAGAGAGUAUGUAACUUAUGUAGCAGAGUGAAGAGGUCGUCGAGGUGAUUUGACCAAUUUUCGUAUGUGAAACCAUGACAUAAUUUAGCUUUCUCUGUGUGAAAAAAGAAACAAGAUUAUAGAAAUUU